AUGGCGUUAUGGGAAUUUAAUAGGAUUGGUAUGAAAUGCCUUUCAAUCUCAGAAACUACUUGCUUGGCGAAGCAUAACAAUAAAUGCCCCUCAAAGCACCACCAUAACAACAAUCAGCAACAACAGCAAAAUCCGAAAGUUAAAUUGAAUCUUGAUUUAAAUAUUAUUUCAUAUUAUGAUAGAUUAACUGGAUUGACGACGCGAAUGCCAAAAUAUAAGGAUAUCACAAAUGUGGAUUUUACAACUUUGACAAGUCCAGUCAUUUCCAAUUAUACUACAGCAACUGAUCCCAAGCCUGAAUCCAGAGUAAUAGAAACCAUUGUGGAGGACAAACAAAUCAAGGAAGGAAUAAGUGAAUCCGAGAUCAUUAUAGAAGAGAGAGAGAUUACAGAAAUACUAAGUGACAUGGAAAGUGAUAAUGAGAAUAAGGAUGAUGAGCUUCUACCGAGAACUCAAACAUUCCCAGACGAAGAUAAAUACAGUGAUGUGGAAGAGGAGGAGGAGAAUGACGUAGCUCCUGGAUUAUUUCCGAAGAUGGACAUAUCUGAUGAUAAACAAUUUAUGAACUUUCAAACCCUACCUUUGACUCCGUCAUAUUUAUGUAAGGAUUGA